AUGACCGCCGCGGGGACCAAGGCUGCCGAGAGUGGGGCUCAGUCGGCCCCGCUGCCCCUCGAGGGGCUGGACCUCAGCACCAAGCAGGAUGAGGGCGUGCCUCAGGUCCUCAAGCGAGAGGGCACAGGCACAGGGAUGCCCAUGAUCGGGGACCGAGUCUCUGUCCACUACACGGGCUGGCUGUUCGAUGGCAGCAAGUUCGACUCCAGCCUGGACCGCAAGGACAGAUUCUCCUUCGACCUGGGGAAAGGGGAAGUCAUCAAGGCUUGGGAUAUUGCUGUAGCGACCACGAAGGAGGGGGAAGUGUGCCACAUCCCCUGCAGGCCAGAAUACGCCUACAGUUCGGCGGCAGCCCUCCCGAGAUCCCUCCCAAGGUCACGCUUGUGUUCCAGGUGGAGUGGCGCCAUUGGGGAGGUUGCACUGGAAGGUACUCCCAAGACCAGAUCUUUUACCGCCGGGAGGUCGGCAAGGCCGAGAGUGUGGAUCUGCCUUGUGGGCUGGAGAAAGUCAUUCAGCGCCAGGAAAAAGGAGAACCUUCCAUUGCAUAUCUCAAGCCCAGCUACGCUUUUGGCAGUGUUUGUUGGGAAGGAAAAGUUCCAGAUCCCCCCAAAUGCUGAGCUGAAGUUUGAAGUAUAA